UGUCUAAUAUCACUUUAAUCUUUUGGUUGUAAUGUACGUGUAUGUAAUUUUUUUCAAUAAACAACAUAGACAGUGUUGGGCUCUAUUCUCCGGAUGUUUGAGAUGUUUUUGACAUUUGAUCAGUGUCCAUCUGCCUCAUCUAUUUCUGUCCCAACUUCAGCGUGUGUUGCUUUUCCGCUCAGAGUUGACUUGUCAUUCACGCAAUGUUUGCGCAAAAGCUGAUUCAUUGCGUCAUUACUCAUGGAUCUGCAUGAGAUUAGGGGAGCUAGACUGGAUGUGAUUGCAGAAGAAGCUGAACUCCAAGAGUUGGACAGAGACAUGGCAAGUCCUCUGAAGAAGUCCACUGGACAAGAUAAUGUGUUUACCAUUGAGAGUGAAAUCGACAGCACCAGGAAUCAAUUGCAAGAGAAGGUAGCUGAGAUGGAGAACUUUGCAGGACACCUGGAAGAAAUCUUUCUUACUGUUGAGGAGAAUUUUGGCCGGCGUGAGCAACACUUGGAGCAUCACUACACCGACGUUCUUCAGACAAUAUCACAGCGUUAUGACGAGCGCGCUGCUAGAUUGGAAGACGAGAAGAAGACGAAGUUGGAGGCUCUGUACGGCCAGUUGCUGGGCUGCGGGCAUGCGCUGGACGCUUCCAAAGAGCUCAUUGAGGAAGCCAAGGAGGUUUACCGCAGCCAGGACAACAGGCUUUUUCUCAAGGAAGUUGUGCCCACCAUUAAACGAAUUGAGGAGUUUGCCAAAGAAGAGAUGGACCUCACGCUGACAACAAGUCUUGAUUUUGAAACCCCGCUCGCUGACCUGUCGGAUGUCAAAAGCAUGAUGGACUCCAUCAACAUCAUCCCAGCUCCAUCUGCUCCAGUUAUCAACCCGCAAAUGGCAAACUCAGCCACGCAGACAUCUCUGCGCGUGUGCUGGAGUCUGUUCUCUGACGACACAGUGGAGUUCUAUGAGCUGUACUACAGACCCGUGCUGCAGGCUGUGCCUCUGGACAGCACCACUGCCCCACAAGUGAGCAAGUUAAAAGUGAAAGAGACCCACUGCACUGUGAGAGAGCUUCUGCCUGGUGCACAAUACGAGCUCUGGGUGACAGCCACCAACACAACAGGCAUCAGCCCGGCCAGUGAGAAGGCCUUAUAUCUGACAGUUCCAUCACCUCCAGUGAUCAAACAGAGGCAGUGCUGCAGUUGUCCGGGGGCCGCUCUCAUACGCUGGGAGUCGGGAAACCCCGACCCUGUUGACUCCUAUACUGUGGAGCUUAUUGAACUGAAAGGGCCUGAUGGCACUGACAAAGGAGUCACUGAGUCUGUAGUAGCAGUGCCUACAUGUCAAUGUCUGCUUCAGCUUCCAGCUGGUCACCAUUACCUCAUCUCUGUGAGAGCAGUCAAUAUUGGUGGGCCCAGUCUAAGGAGUGAGGAAAUAAGCAUUUCCACCACUGGCACAUUUUUCUAUCUCCUCGAGGAGACGGCUCAUCCAUGCCUCUCCAUCUCUGAAGAUGGUUUCACUAUUUUCUAUGGAGAUGAAGAGCUGCCAAUCAGCGCUAUGGCGUUAGAUGAUAACAAUUUCACCAGGUGUGUAGCAGUUCUUGGGGAUCUGAUUCCAGUACGAGAAAGGCAUUACUGGGAAGUGGAGGUGGACUACAGGACGGAGUACAGGAUUGGAAUUGCAUAUGAGGACACGGAGAGAAAUUCCUACCUGGGAGGCAACACCACCUCCUGGUGUAUGAGACACAUCCUCAGUACUUCAAGGCACAAGUAUGAGUUUCUGCACAAUGGCCAGAGCCCUGACCUGAGGAUCACAGUGAACCCAGUCCGAAUAGGCUUAGCUUUGGACUAUGAGCGGCAAACUCUUUCCUUUUUUAAUGUGGAUCUGGAACAACACCUGCAUACCUUCCAGUGUCAAUUUCAGCGUUAUGUCCAGCCUUGCUUUGGCCUGGACAGCCCAGGAGCUCUGACCAUCCACAAUGGCAUAGAAGCUCCAAAAUAUGCAUUCAUAGGACAUCCUUAGUCUCAUUUAAAGAAAGGAACCAGAUGACAUACGUGUCCAUUUGAGGUGUUUUUAUUAUUGUAUUCCAUGGGAACAGACAUCCAUUUUCUGAGUGAAGAAAACAUCAUUAUGCCAACUCUAAUUGAUCUGUUUUCAGUUCAGAGCAAAUAAAUGGGGCUGAUUUGCAGUCAACAAAACUAAAAA